AUCCAACUCUCUCGCAGACAUCGCCAACCUGCACACAACCAACCUCUGGUCCAUUAUCGAGCCUAACCCAGCAGCUUUCGAUUAGCUGCGCAUAAUACUAGCCCAAAAUGGGUGGUGGUGACCUGAACCUCAAGAAAAGUUGGCAUCCCGUUCUCCAGAAGAACCAGGAGAAGCGAUGGCUGGCAGAAAAGAAGGCGCUCGAGGAGCGCAAGCGCAUCGACCAGAUGAUGAGGGAACGCCAGGAAGAGAGACAGAUACAGGAACUUCAGGAGUUACAAGAAGCUGCUGGUGGCAAAAAGCGUCAGAACAGAGUCGACUGGAUGUAUAGUGGGCCAACAGAUGGACAACUUGGAACUACGGAAGAAAUGGAAGGCUAUCUCUUGGGAAAGAGACGCAUUGACGCAUUGAUCAAAGGAACAGACAACCAAAAGCUGGAGAAGUCGGCCAAGGAGGAGUCUUUCCUGACGGCGCAGAAUGCGAACACCCUGAGAGAUACGGCUGCGAAAAUCCGUGAAGAUCCAAUGCUUGCUAUCAAGAAACAGGAACAAGCAGCAUACGAAGCGAUGAUGAACGACCCUGUUCGAAGGAGACAGCUGCUUAAGGCCGCGGGAGCCGAUGACAAGUCAGAGAGGGAACACAAGCAUCGCAGACACCGCCACCACCAUAGGGAUGAUGAGAGCCGGCGUUCGCGACAUAGGAGCAGCCGGUACGAUGAAGAGGAUGAUCGCCGAUCUAGUCAUCGUCGUCGACACCGUUCCCGAAGUGCUGCCCGGUCCCGGUCACGUUCGCCUGAUUACGAGAGAUCCAGCAGACGCUCUGAUGAGCGAAGACAUCGAUCACGAAGAUCUCCGUCCCCGUAUAAAGAGAGAACAACCCGCGAUCCGUCUCCAUAUUCUCGAAACCGACCUUAUGAGCGACGGUCCCGGUCCAGAUCGCGCUCACCGUACCGCAAGCCAGCGGAGUCACCCCGCCAACGAAACUAUGGCAGACGUUCUCCGGACAGAUAUAGGGAUUCCGACAGGGGUUCUGGCAGGGCUCCUGCACCUGCAGCUUCUGCUUCUGCUUCUGCCAAUGCUGAUGCCGAGAGAGCAGCUCGAUUGGCGGCCAUGCAGCAGGAUGCAAAUGAGCUCGACCGGCAGCGCUUGGAAAGACUAGCAGCCGCGGAAGAACGAGAGAAGGCCGAAAGGGAAGCGGAAGAAGCAGCUCGUGCUCAAUCCAGCAAACUCGGAGGCAAGGGUGCUUUCGUCGGCGACCUCAAUCGCCGCGCGGGCAACCUGGAUCUUUCGGAGAGACUACGCAGAGGCCGGGGGAACAUCGAAAGGGAACAGGCAGCCUUCUAAAUGGAUGGCAAAUGAUUGCUAUAUUAUAUUUGGUGUUUACAAAUUUUCCUCGCAUGGUUUAUUAUGGAUCGAUGGGACAGCACUAUUAUCGAUAUGGCGUUAGGUUUAGGGAACUCCUGAGGAAUUGAACUUUUAUUCUGAUCACAGUAUACAGCUUCACAUUUGCCCUUCAAUUCUUCUGUAGACACAUAACUAGUG